AUGACUAAAAUAAUCUGGUCUAAAUUUCAGGUUUGCUUGUCCAGUAACCCGAGCAAGCCAUGUUUUGUGCUGUAUUUUAAAGGAGUAACAGUAAUGUUAGAUUGUGGUCUUGAUAUUGCUCAAGUUCAACAUUUUCUUCCCAUUCCAGUUGUACCAGGGACACAGAUAUCAAAAGCUAGAAGUUGGUCUCCAGGUUUUGAGAAGAAGAUUAAAGAAUGUUCUGGUAGAUUAUUUGUUGAUGGGGCUUUUGAAUUAGCUACUCCAGAGUUGAAGAUUUUAGAUUUAAGUUCAAUAGAUGCUAUACUGAUAUCUAACAGUACUUGUAUGUUAGCUUUACCUUAUAUAACUGAGUAUACAGGAUUUAAAGGCUAUGUUUAUGCCACAGAACCAGCUCUUCAAGUAGGGAGAAUGUAUAUGGAGGAACUAGUGAACUAUGUAGAAAGAAAUCCUAGAACUAAUAUAUCUUCUAAAUGGAAACAUGAAGAUAUUAUCAAAAAUUUACCACCACCAUUAAAAGAAGCUGUUAAUCCAUUACUAUGGAAACAGUGUUAUACCAAACAUGAUAUUGAUUCUAGUUUAUCAAAGGUUCAAGUCGUCGGCUUCAACCAAAAAAUGAAUAUAUAUGGUUGUGUUGAGUCAACAGCAGUUAGUUCAGGGUAUAGCCUUGGUAGCAGUAACUGGGUAAUUAAGUCUACACAUGAAAAGGUUUGCUAUGUAUCAGGAACUUCUACAUUAACCACACAUCCAAAGCCAUUGGAGCAGUCACCAUUACGCAAUAGUGAUGUUUUAAUAUUGAGCUGUUUGACUCAAACACCGUUAGCUAAUCCGGAUGCCAUGAUUGGUGAAUUCUGCGUUAAUACAGCUGUAACAUUAAAGAAUGGUGGUAAUGUUCUGGUGCCAUGUUAUCCAUCUGGUAUUACCUAUGAUUUAUUUGAGUUACUGUCUAUACAUCUAGAUAGGUGUGGUCUAGCUAGUAUACCGAUGUACUUUCUUUCACCAGUGUCAGAUAGUGCUUUAGCUUACUCCAACAUCUUUGCUGAAUGGUUGUCCCAGAAUAAACAAUCUAAAGUUUAUUUACCAGAGUGUCCUUUUCCACAUGCAGAGUUACAAAAUCAAGGGCGAUUAAAAAAUUUCAAAAGCUUGAAUGGUAAGUUCCUAAAGUCAAAUGACUUAAUCAUAAAGGCACCAUGUGUUAUGUUUGCUGGGCAUCCAUCUUUAAGAAUGGGAGAUGUGGUACAUUUUGUUGAAUUAUGGGGGAAACAUGCAGCUAAUACUAUUAUAUUUACAGAGCCAGACUUUCCAUACUUAGAAGCUUUGGGACCAUUUCAACCUUUAUCCAUGAGAGUUUGUUACUGUCCAAUUGAUACCAGUUUAGAUUUUGGUCAAGCUAAUAAAUUAUUAAAAGAUUUACGUCCAUUACAUCUAGUUGUAUCAGAGACAUAUACUACACCACCCAUGAUGGCAGCCCAUAGAACAGAUCUCACUAUAGACUGGGAGCCAUCCCCUUUUACCUACAGUAGGGGUCAAGUAUUAUCACUUCCUGUUAAACGAAAAUUUCAGUCAGUCGACAUUGAUACAGAGUUAGCAGCAAAAAUGGAGCCAGUGGAGGUCAAGCCAGGGUCAGCCAUCACAAUGUUAACUGGUUCACUUAAAAUUCAUGAUAACAUUUACACUUUAAAACCUCUUCCUAAAGAUGCUCUUAUUGGUCAAAAACGUUCACAUGAUGGAUUUAAUGUACACAAAAAGUCCUAUAUCUUUGGUUCUCCUAACAUUCAAACUUUUGUAGAUGUUAUGACACAGCAAGGAAUAUCAUCUAUAAAAGUUGAGGAAACUGGAAGUGGAUCCAUUAUACAUCUUCCAAAUGAUGAUACAUUAAUACAAGUUGAUGGAGAUUCAACACAUAUUAUUUGUGAGGGUGAUGAAUCUAUUCGAGUUAAAAUCAGAGACUCACUGAUUAAAUGUUUAAAGAAAUUAUGA